AAGUGAAGAAGUGGCAUCCAGUGAUGAUAAAACAAGAAAAUGCCCAACUCAAAACAAUGGCGUAUGCAAAAAAAUUGGAGAGGGAGGAAGCGAAGAUGGGAGUCAAACUCAUGCUCUGGAGACACUUGUGAUAAAAGGCGAUUUCUGACCCAAAACGCGGUAUCUCCUGUCGGCGUCAACUUCCCGACAGAGCCCCUUCCAUCUUGUAGCAACAGCCAGAGUGAACGUGUGAGGUGCCGUGGGGGGCGAAUGAGGGAUCGGGGGAACAGAAUACAGCAUGAUAGAACGAACGGGGGGCGAAAUGAACAGGCCAGGUUAAGAGAGUGUCAGUCUAACACAACAUCAUCAACUUGUCCCCACCCAAACUUGACAAAAAGCAAACAUGGCAAAAGACCAAUUGCAUCUCAGACGGCGCCUGAGUCAAGUUCUAGCAGUAGCAACAGUUCUCAGAGUGAUAUCCCAGGAUUUUACUAUGAUGCUGAGAAAAAGAGAUAUUUCAAGAUCCUUCCAAGCCAUAAUAAUGUGAAUGUGGUGACAAGAGAGUCAGUGUCUAGUAAGACAGCAGAGGAAAAGAGGAUAAAUGACUUGAAAUUACAAAGUAACUCAAAGCUAGGUCAACAUGACAAAGAUGCUAAGCCUCAGAGGACAGAGUCUGUGAAUUUCAUUCACUUUUGGCAGCGAGUGCAUCAAGGAGAUGUAACAAACACAAGCAUUGAGCCCUUUGUUUUGAAAUCUCAAGUUAGGAAGCUGAAAUUAUCUCACUUUGAGAGAAUAUUUUCAAAUCCUUUUGGAAAUUAUGAGCAAUUAGAACAUAUGCUGCUGAUGGAAGCAAGUUCCGAUUUUCAUGAUAUUUUAGGGCUGUGGUCUGUUAAAGACACUCUUGUCCACAGAAUUCAGCUGUUACGGGUGAAUGUGAAGAAACGAACGAGUGAGCAUAAGGCAGAAGCUCGAGGUUUGGAAGUGGAAAUAAACCCACAAGGGAAUGUUGUUCUGCAGUCACUCAACAAGGUAACACAUGCCUGCUGGGCCCCAUCCUUGGAGAAUCCCAACAGGAAGUAUAUUCUCUACACAACUGUCUGUUAUACAGGCUACUCUUCCAGUUUGGCUCUUUUCCGUAACCUCGAGCCAGGUGGUAAUGCGGAUUGUCGUGCAACAGAUUUCUGUCUAGGGAAGAAAGCGACCUGGACAUGUGCAUGGAAUCCUCAUCACCAACGCUUUAGUGUGGGUACAGAGAAGUCUGGACUGUUGCUGGAUGUGGAGACACGAAGGCUCUGGGAGCUAUACUCCAACAAAAGUGACGUCUUAACUCAGACAUUUACCAGGACUACAGGACAGUCACUGAUCAGUGGUACAAGGAAGGGGGAAAUCUUGACCCAUGACCUCCGCAGCCGAUCAACUCACCCUGUCAAGGUCGUUCAUCAGCAGUCUCCAAUUGGCAGUCUCCGCCUCCUGAAAGAUGACAUCUAUCUGCUGGCAAGUGACUUCAAAGGACAGAUCAACCUGUGGGAUCUAAGAAUGCGAAAAGUUGUCCGAGAGUAUCCAGGUCACACUAACCGAUACAGUAAACUAUUUAUCCACAUGGAGGAGUCUGAGCAGGUGUUGUACACAGUUGGUGAGGAUUGUUACACACGGUUUUGGAGUGUGCGGACAGGAGAGUUGUUACGAAGCAUACCCCCACCAUGUCCUGCUUCCCGUGACCUCAUCCCUAGAGUCCUAUACUCCAGCAGCUGGGCUGGGCAGUGGGGCCAGGUUGGGAUGAUGAUGGGGCUGAAAGACAAGAUGUAUAUGUAUCAUAGUCAGGAUGCUGGGUACUUGUGAUCUCAUCCUUAGGAGGCUGCUCUCCUGCAGCGGGGUAGAUCUGAGAUUGUGACCAGCAUGAAGGAGCAUCUAUAUUUGCACCACAGUCAGUAUGUGCGUUACUUGUGAUCUCAUCUUUAGGAUCCUAC